AUGCUGGGGAUCAUCCUUUUUUCUCUAUUCAUCAGUUAUACUGCCUACCUAGGUCUCUGUUUCCUUCGACACUGGAGUCUUGCGCGGAAGAUCGGAUUGCCAUACGUCUCAUUUCCUAUCUCGUCGCAUAAUAUAUUGUUCUUAUCUCUUUUCGAGACUCGGUUCGUUCCAUAUGUGAUCAACACGUGGCUCUCACCCAAGUUGGCCGAUUUUAUCUAUGGUAGCGCCUUCAAAACGCGCUGGGCAGCAAGAGACCGUCUCCACAGGAGGUAUGGGGGAGUUUAUAUGCUUAUUACCCCAUCCGUAUCAACUUGCAUGGUGUGCGACGCCUCAGUAGCCUCUCAGAUCUGCAUGUCUCGUCAUGGUUUCCCAAAGCCCAUCAAACAAUAUGGGGCUCUGGAGAUGUAUGGUCCCAACAUUGUCACAGUAAGGUGUCCGAACGUGUUCAGAGUCUCAGCUAAUGUAUCACAGUCUGAAGGCUCUCAAUGGGCACAUCUGCGUCGACAUACAGCGACACCGUUCAAUGAGAGAAAUAGCGCCUUGGUUUGGGAGGAAACAAUUCGCCAGACCAAAGAAAUGGUGCAAUAUUGGGAGGACGAGUACUCUCGAAGCUCUUCAGCGUCCGAAUUUAUUCUGACAGACACUAGAGAGGAUAUCUUAAAAUUCACUCUCAAUAUUAUCUGCAGUGUUGGAUACGGAGUGAAGCUUCCGUUCAGACCCGGCCUUGAAAAUUCGACUGAAAGUGCUGAAGGCUUGUUCAAAGAUGCCAUAACACCUUUACCAGGCUACCACUUCACAUUCCGCUCUGCGAUGGAGUACUUGAAUAAGCAUAUCACCUCGAUGUUCAUAGCUAAUGGCCUCCUUCCCAAAGGUAUCCCACGGUCCGUACUGCCAUUUUUCAAGAAAGACUUUGAUGCGUUCGACGAUAUAGGCAGGUAUCUGCGGGCUUUAGUAUCGACGGCUGAAACAAAAGAAACCCUAUCUCAGAAUUUAAUUGAUGGCUUAGUCAGAUCUAAACAGAAGAUAGAUAAAGACCAAGGACUUGACCCUGAGCUUACGGAGGAUGAAAUACUUGGGAAUCUGUUCGUAUUCACAAUCGCAGGGCAUGAAACCACUGCUGUUUCUCUUCGGUUUGCUCUUGUGCUCCUUGCUCUCAAUCAAGAUGCACAAGAGUAUCUGUACGAGGGAAUUCGAGAAGCAACAUAUGACGAGCCUCGUAACCCUGUCGAGUGGGAUUAUAGACGGGUUUACCCAAAGCUCGUUAGCCCCUUGUGCGUAAUGCUUGAGACACUUCGGAUGUAUCCUCCAGUGUCAGGCAUUCCCCGGUGGACGGGAGACUCCGCAGUCAAUAUCACGUACCAUAACCAGCCUUACCUUCUUCCGCCGCAUGUUUACGUCAAUGUCAAUGCCAGUGGGCUUCAUUAUUCCGAAGAGUACUGGGGCCCAGAUGCAGCUGUCUUCCUCGCGAAGAAUAAGGAAGGUGGUCUGUCCGGACCAGGGUUGGAAUACGACACAAUCCAUAAGCCAGUACGAGGCUCAUAUAUCCCUUUCAGCGACGGCUUCCGAUCGUGUAUAGGCAAGAAAUUUGCUCAAGUUGAGUUUGUAGUUGCCAUGGCCAUCAUCUUUCGUGAGUAUCGCGUUAUGUUGGCGAAAUCCAAUGAGCGUGAGACCGAGGACGAUCUGCGUCGGAGGGCGGAGAAAGCUUUAGGGGAAAGUACUGCGUUUAUCACGCUGUCGAUGCGUGAUGAAGUACCGCUGUUGUUCCAGAAACGGUGCGUUAGCAAGGCUUGA